UCGGCAUUGUGCAACCUACGCCCCUGACCUAUUAGCCUGUGAGCAGGUUAGAAGGCGCGCGGUUUUGUCCCAGGGAGAAGUGUGAACAAUGGAUGAUGACUCCAGCACUCACUCCGUGCCUUCUUCGCUUACUGACAGCUUAGAGGCCGCAAUGGAAAUAGAAGGCCAUUACUCCCGAGUUCUUUCUUUCUCCUGUGCCUCAGACCUGAAAAGUGAAGGAAAAAGCUUUUCUCCUGAUUCUUAUUUAGCAAGUGGUUCUCUUAAGAGGAAUUUACUGGGGCUGGAUCCCUUUCCAAUUGACUAUGAAAAGGACAUUGUGGAAUUAUUUGAUUUUCAAUGGGUUACUGAAAUUGCUUUAGUUGAAUCUUGUACAUUUCUCUUUGGAUUAUUGAGACAAUUUAUAUACAAAUUAGAAAACCUUGCUCAAUCAAGUUCAUCUGACUUUGGUCAAGCUGCAAACCGUCACUUAGAAGCGAAUAAUACGAGACAAAAAUGUGUUGAGUUCCUGCAAUAUGUUAAAGUUUUCAUCUUCAGGUAUUUGGAGCCACAUGAUACAGAAGAUGAGUUGUUCCAUCCAUAUGAGAAACAAGAAGCACAACUCCCUUCCUUGAUUGUUGAAGAACUCUAUUCUUUGACGCUGCAUAUUGGCCACCUAUAUGACCUCCCUGCUUGCAUUCUAGAAGGAAAUACCAUUCUGCCUCAAGCAAAGUUAUUUCCUCCAUCAUGGCACUUGCUGCAUCUGUACAUAGACAUUCACUGGUCAGUGUUGGAAAUCCUCCAUCUUCUUGGUGAAAAAAUGCGAAGGCAAACCAUAUAUGCUCACAGAUUUACAAAUUUAACUGGAGAAAAUCUUACCAAUAUCAGUUUGUUUGAAGAUCACUGUGGCAAUCUCUUAUAUGAUCUGAUAAGUUUGUCAGUUAAGAGGUAUUCAAAGGUUAGGCUCUCCGAAGCUCUUAUUACUCACCACUAUACGUGUACCUGUAUAAAAGAGCUGUGGGUUCUGCUUAUUCAUCUGCUCAACCACAGAAAUAAAGCAUCUCUUACAGAGUCUUUUUGGAACUGGCUAAAUAAAAUUCUGAAAAAAGUAUUCGAAAAAAGCAAUGGUACUGAUGAAGUAUCUGGCUUUGAAUCAAUUCCAUGCAAGGAUCCACUGAGCUUCAGUUGGUGGAUUAUAACCCACUUGGCAUCACUUUAUCAUAUUGACCGGAAUGGAUAUACAGAUGAAAAGAAACCAGUAGAAUCCAACUGGCCUUAUGUUGAAGAUCUGCUGAAACAAGCAGUCAAUAAUCAA